AUGGAUUUUCUAGAUUCUGGAGCGCUUUGACGACAAUCUCGUCUACGUGCGCGAAGAAACUGCGCUGCCCAACUCGGAUGCACCCGUCCUCGAAAUGCGGUCGUGUAUGCAGCGCCUUCAGCAAAACCAGAAUCGCGUCGUGGUGUUGUGGCGUGCAGUGCUCGACGAUCGCCAGACACCGUAUGCGCCCAACCGCUUCAUUGGAAACGACAUGGGCUGGGUCGUUGUCCACGCGCGCGGCAAGAACGAGUGUGUUGUGCAGACAAUCAUGACCAAGUUGACACCGAUGGCGUCGAGUCUGUCAGUGCAGCCGGCCGUCGGUACGCUUACGGAGCUCGUGCUGCAGACGUCCGAGGCGAACAGCCGCAAGUUUGGUGUUGGCUUGCACAACGCUAUCGCCGCGCGCAUUACCGCACGAC